GCUAACAGUAACUCUUGAUAAAAAUCGGCUGUAAAUCGUGAGUGAACACAAUAGUACUAAGAAAAAUCGAUUUAUUGCGACGCGUCAGGAUGGGAGGCGAUGAGUAUACUAAACAACUCUGAGACCAAAUGUAUUUUACUUGUUGCGUCGUUUACUAAACACGAAUUCCGCAAAACUAUUCACUAUGUAUGUUUGUUCAACCGACUCAUAGUGAAGCUGUGUGGAAAAUAAAUAGAUGGCAAUUUCCGCUAUGUGUCUGGAUAAGCGAAUGUGUUAAAUUAAACAAGAACAAUUAGAUAUGAGAUCAUCGCGACGAAGAGUGUUUUACAGAAUAUAUUGAUACUGAUGUACGGAGGCGCCAUAUGUGAAUUGCAAACGUGUUGUACGAUAAGUUUUUUCUAAUCCAAUGCGAAUGGAGUAAUAAAUGACAUUGACUUUAAUGUUCAGAAUGUUGAUGGCAAAUCAUUAUAUAGUGGCAGCGAUUAUCGGUGCAGUUUUGCUGCUAUACCGGUACAUCAAAGGAAGGUACAGGUUCUUCGCAGAACGUAACAUUCCGUACGGAAAACCUACGUUCCUGCUUGGUAGUCACGGCCCCGUAUUAUUGAAAGAGCGUGACUUGUAUCAACAAAUCCAACAUAUCUACAAUGAGUUUCCCAAUGCCAAGAUCGUCGGUGGAUUCGAUUUUCUCAAGCCGGUAUGGAUCGUUCGUGAUCCUGAGUUGAUCAAGCGAAUCGGAGUGAAGGAUUUUGAUCACUUCGUAGAUCGUAUGCCAGUCUUCUCCCUCCCGGAUGAGGAAGUUGAUAAAGAUAGAUUAAUGGAAAAUAUGCUUCUCGCACUGCGUGGCCAGAAAUGGCGGGAUAUGCGUGCAACUUUGAGUCCGGCUUUUACUGGCAGCAAGAUGAGACAUAUGUUCGGAUUGGUGGUAAAAUGCGCUGAAUCUACAGCCGAGUUUUACGUCAGCGAAGCCAAGUACGGACGGAGGUUAGAGUUGGAGAUGAAGGAAGUGUUUUCGAAACUUUGCAAUGAUAUGAUUGCUUCUGUUGCAUUCGGAAUUCAGGUUGAUUCAUUCAGAGAAUCACAAAAUGAUUUCUACAUGAUGGGUAAAGAAUUAUUGAACUUCAAGAAAAUAACAACCAUUCCGAAGGUGUUGAUUUUUCGUGCCACUCCUUGGUUAGCAAGGCGAUUGAAAAUUGAUUUAUUUAGCGCAAGCUUAUUAACAUAUUUCAAGCGCAUGAUCACUGAUAAUAUGCAGUACCGGGAUACAAAUGGCAUCGUACGCAAUGACAUGAUUGAUAUGUUGAUGCAAGCUAGGAAAGGAGCAUUAAAGCACCAGAUAGAAGAACUAGAUAGCAAGGAAGCUGGAUUCGCUACCGUAGAAGAAUCCAGUGUAGGAAAAACCAUGCAAAACCGGGUAUGGUCCGACAAUGAGCUAAUUGCUCAAUGCUUCUUGUUCUUCAUAGGAGGGUUUGAGACACUGUCUACAUUUUUACAAUUUUUAAGUUACGAGCUGAUGGCAAAUCCCAAAGUUCAACAAAGAUUGCAUGAAGAAAUUUUACUCAUCGAGGCAUCUUUGAAUAAUCAGCCAUUAACUUAUGAUGUGCUCCAGAAAAUGCACUACAUGGAUAUGGUCGUAUCCGAGGCACUCCGUUUGUGGCCUCCUGGUCCUUUUAUCGAUCGGUUCUGUGUGAAGAACUAUGUGUUCGAAAAUGCUGAGGGAUGCAAAAUCCAAAUUGACAGGGGCCAGAUAGUGUGGCUUCCAAUCGUGGCACUGCAUCGUGAUCCUCAAUAUUUCCCUGAGCCGAAUAAAUUCAUACCGGAAAGGUUUAAUGAAGAAAACCGAUCUAGGAUAAAUGCCGCCACAUAUCUACCAUUUGGCAUUGGACCAAGAAAUUGCAUAGGAUCAAGACUAGCGCUGAUGGAAGUGAAGGCAAUCAUCUAUAGUUUACUGAAGAAAUUUAGUUUUGUACAAACUACUAAAUCCCAGGUUCCAUUACGUCUGUCGAAAACUAUACUAGGACCGAUCCCAGAGCGGGGUGUAUGGCUAGAACUAAAACCAAGAACAUAA